AUGGCUCCGUACUCCACAGAAUGGAAAAUCCAGCGAAAGAAUAUCACCAAGAUAGCGAGCACGAACAUCUCCGUGUCUGUAUUCGAUAAGGUGCAAGAGACGGAAGCUGCGCACUUCUUGCUCGACCUUCUGGACUCACCCGACAAGCUGUUUGAUCAUAUACGAAAAGAGGCUGGCAGUGUGAUUCUCAAGAUCACCUACGGCUACACCACCGUAUCCAGCGGCAACGAUCCGUUCGUUGAUCUGGCAGCCAAAACCAUGCAACAGUUCGCAGAUGCUACAGUUCCUGGGAAAUGGUCGGUAGAUAUCUUUCCAUUCUUGCGGUACUUGCCAGCAUGGCUGCCAGGUACGGGGUUCAAAGACACGGCGAGACGAAUGGAAGCGCAGCUCCGCCAAUGCACUAACCAGCCGUAUGAGUUCGUGAAGAAGCAGAUGAGAGAGAAGAGGCAUUCGCCGUCUUUCUUGUCGCAAUGCAUUGAAGGACUCGGUUCGGACGCUGAGAUGGAGUUUGUUCAUAAGUGGGCUGCAUUGGCGCUAUACCUCGGCGGUGCUGAUACGACUGUGUCGUCCAUAAUGACCUUCUUCCUUGCCAUGACCGUAUUCCCGGAAGUCCAAAAGAAGGCCCAAGAAGAGCUAGAUCGCGUCAUCGGCGUAAGCCGGUUACCCGUUAGUAAAGAUCGCGAGAGCCUUCCGUAUAUCGAGGCAAUUAUGAAGGAGACACAUCGCUGGCACCUCGUUUUACCAAUGUGCCUUCCGCAUUGCAGCACCGAAGAAGAUACGUGUCGCGGGUAUCGCAUUCCAAAAGGCUCCAUCCUUCUACCCAACAACUGGCAUUUUACGCACGACCCCGAAGUCUAUCCAGACCCGAUGGUCUUCAGACCAGAGCGUUUCCUCGAAACACCCACUCAUAAGAGUGAGCCUGACCCUAGAAACUUCAUCUUCGGAUAUGGUCGCCGCAUCUGCCCGGGCCGAUACGUGGCGGAUAACGCGCUCUUCAUUACCAUCGCCCAGAGUCUCGCGGUGUUUGACAUCACCAAGUUCGUUGAUGGAGAUGGUCGCGUUGUGGAGCCGGAGGUGAAGUUUGAACCGGGAGCGAUCAGUCACCCUGUGCCAUACCGUUGUUCGAUCAAACCGCGAUCGGAGGAUCAUGAGCGGUUGAUCAAGGCUUCAGAGCAAUUGUUUCCUUGGGAGGAAAGUGACGCCAAAGAGCUGGAAAAUAUAAGCUGGUAA